ACUUCACAGAUAACAUAGACGGAGAACAUAAAUAACAUAAUCAUAAUUAGUGUCAUUUUAUAUAUUUGAAAUGGUGGUCGUGUGUCGUGUAUUUUUCUAUAGUGAGUUUAUUUGAACUGUCUUCGUUUUUAAAUAAUCUUGCAAUGUUUUCUAUAAUCACUAAGUAGGCUUGGAUCUGACGCGUACAUAUAUAACAUUGCAUUCUUUUGUUGUAUACGAAGACCGAAUCAAUGCGUGUGAUCGACCGUCCGUUGUAGGAAAUCGGAACCCAUCCAACCCCUAGUUUUCUGAAAAACAGUGCGUUUUUUGUGUGAAGUUCUACCGUGUCAGUGUAUGCGAACGGCGCCCGUUGAUUCUACGCUUGAUAUGGAAUUGUAAGCGGUGCUGGGAGGAAAUUAUUUUGUCGUGAAAACUCCGAUGGAUUUUUGAUAGCUUGUCACAGUCCGCAUCAGGAUGAUGGUGGAGACCAUUCUCGAGUCCUCACAGGACUUUGGGAUGUCGAACGGCACUCUACCACAAUGGAAGCGCGAGUUGCUGCAGCGCCGUGCCGCCCGGGCCCGGCCCCCCCUGGCGCCGGUUCCUCCCGCGCCCCCGCCGCCCGUCCCGCCCGCCGCAGACGACGACGAGGAGCUCCGCUACGGGCCCGGCAUCGUCAAGCGUCUUAAGUCCAGAUACCUCAGCCUCGCCCUCCGAGAGGCGCCGCGCCGACGACCCUCUGUCCUCCGCCGCGCCGCAUCCCUCGAACACCUCCUGGACGAGCGUCCUCCGCCCGCCCCUCGCCAGCACGCUCGGCCCGCCCGCCCGGUGUCCAUGGCGGUCCCCAGCUCCGGCCCGCACUCCGCCCCCGUCCCGCGGCGUGAAUCCGUGAAGCGCGCGCGGUCCGUGGACGCCCUCAGCCGCCUCGACUCCCGGGACGAGUCUCCUCACGUUCAGCUACAGUCGUCCCUCCAGCCGCCUCCUCGGCCACCGCCGCCGCCGCCCUCACCGCCGCCCCUCACGCCGAGGGCCACCCGACCUCCCCGCCGCCCGGCGCCUCUGCUCCGGGAGGCCGAGCGCCCCCCGGCUGACCUGGUCCGGUCGACCCUGAGAAAGUUCGAGUCCGCCCCUCCACGCCGCACGGCCCCGGCGGCUCGGGUGUCCGCCGUGCUGCGGGGCCUCGAAUCCCUGCCGCGAAGCUCGACCCCGGAGCCCCGAGGACGUUCGCCGAGCCCGGCCGCCACGGACCUCUCCGCCAUAGACGAGCCGGAGACGUCGACGACGCCUGCCCCCAGCGAGACCAAGCAGGUGUCCAAGCGGGCUCUGGAAAGCAUCGCACGGGCGGGGUCGUCCGUGCUCUACUCGUUCACGUCGGGAGGCACGGGCUCGCACUUACCGCCGCUCGCCGCAUGCAAUACGGUGCUGGUGGGUCGAGCGAGACGAGUGGGCGUCAUCAGGCCCAUGCCGGCCCAGACCCUCGAGCCGGCCGAGGACGAGACGGACGACAAGCCGGAGGACGUGCGGAUCGUAAUAUCGCCGCCGCCCUUAGAGGACGACUCGCAGAAUAAGGAGCGGACGACCUCCGCCCCGCACGACCCUCGACCGACAACACCGACGGAGGAAAGUGUUCCGACGACUCCCUACCCCGCCGUGGCGCAGGACGCGGACGACGCGAGGCCCGCCCCAGCACCUCAGACAGAGACGCCAAAGAUACCUCCUCUGAAACCGACGAUUAAUGGCCACGCUACCUCCGCGAAAUCUGACGAAUCUAAAGUCGACAGAUCCUUCUCCAAGAUAGGGGCGGCCGGGAUAGAGCGAGCCUGGACCGGCGACCUCGAGAAGAAACAGAAAGGAGACGGCGAGGUGAAGAGUCCCUGGGGCGCCACCCGGGCCCCGCGGCCCCCCGCGCCCGCCGCCACCUCCGUGGUGUUCAACUUCUCCAACCGGAAGGAAGUCCCCGACUACGUCGAGAACGACGGCACCAUCAGGAGAGUCAACAGGAGGAACAUAUUCAAGGCGGGUGAGGCGGGCAUCGUGGUGCUCCGCCCCGAGGCCCUGGAGGCAGGCUCUGAGUCUGAGGAGGAGCUGCGGCCCUCGUCCCCGCCGUCUCCUGUGAGCGUGAAGUUCGUUAACGACAACGUUCUCAUGAACGGACGCUCCUCCAUCGCCUCGCGACCGCCGAACCUCAGCAGGACACUAAAGUUGAAGCUGCAGUUCGACGACUCCCUCACCCGCACCUUCGAGUACCCCUCGGAGACUUCCCUGGCGGAGGACGGCACCGCAGCCCCUGCAACCCCCGCAGCCCCCUCUUCGCCCGGAACACUCGCCGCCAACACACACAUAGUGUCGGCGUCUCUGUGCGGGUACACUCCCAGCAAGACCUGCGCGGACACGUUCGUGCUGGGACUGGCGCCGAGGCGAGCCGCUGAGGAGCAUCAAGAACCCACACGGAGCGAGGCCCUUCAGAACGGUUCGGCGGCGUGCGGAGACGAGGACGACGAGAGGUCGGAGGACGUGCGGCCCUGCGGAGCCAGCGACGCCCGGGCCUGGAGCGAGGCCCGGACGCACACCGACCUGCUGUUUUGAAGAACGCCAUCACGGACGGGCGGGGCAGAGGCGUGGAGUCCUGACACGCGACGGACCGACGCCGGCGCUGCCGACCGCCGGGCGCCAAACAUGUCAAUAGAUAUUCAUAGAAAAGCCUUAUUUUUGUAAGAAUGUUCGUCGACGACGUCUGCUCAAUAUUAUUAUUACAUAUUAUAUAAGUACGUAGCGAGUAGCGAGUAGCGAGUAGCGGGUAGCGGGUAGGGAGAAGCCGGCUCCCCGUGUGGUGGGGACGAACUGACAGGUUACGACGCAUGCGACGCCGAAACACGCCCGCCGCCCGCCGCGGCCAGGGCUCGGCGGCCAGGGGAGUCGUUCCUAACGAAUUCAUUCCUAAAUUUUUGAUAUUGCCAGUUUAUACAAUUUUUAUAUUUUAUACAAAUGUGAAGUGAUACGACGUCAGGGAGGCUUCUGAUAUGAAGAGGUACAAAGGAAGGCACAGCCGCCCGAGGGAGGGAGGGCUCCCGAGCAUUUAAUGUAGCGUAGUGUUAGUGUCAUAGGUCCGGCGUCUGCCACACUUGCCAAUGCCUAGGUUAUCGUUUCUGGAGUCGUCAGUAGUGUAAGUGUCUCGCGGGCCGGCCGUGUGCUGAGCCCGCUCUAUAAGUCGACCGUAUUGUAUUGUAUGCUUCGAGUCAGGGCGGGGGCGCCGCCGCGCCCGCGUCCGGCCGCCCUCCGCCUCAUGUAACCGUAUUAAAUACUGAGUAACGA